CCGCCGGCCGGGCCGGCCUCCCGCGCACCCCCUCGGCCGCCCGGGCCCCUGCGCCUCGCCCGCUGCUACCCCUGCGCGCGCCGGGCGGCGCCACAUCUGGCCGCACCGCUGCCGGCGCCCGGCGCGGGUCCGGAGGGCGCGGGUGGAGGCGCAGCGGGCGCGCUCGGGCCGGUCUAUGCCGAGCGGCGGGGGCUGCCAUGGGCCGGGGGCUGCUCGGGGGCCUGUGGCCGCUGCACGUCGUCCUGUGGACGCGCAUCGCCAGCACGAUCCCGCCGCACGUUCCCAAGUCGGUUAAUAGCGACAUGAUGGUCACUGACAGCAAUGGUGCCGUCAAGCUUCCACAACUGUGUAAAUUCUGUGAUGUGCGAUCAUCCACCUGUGACAACCAGAAGUCCUGCCUGAGCAACUGCAGCAUCACAGCCAUCUGUGAGAAGCCACAGGAGGUCUGCGUGGCUGUCUGGAGGAAGAAUGACGAGAACAUCACAAUUGAGACAGUUUGUCACGACCCCAAGAUCGCCUACCACGGAUUUGUUCUCGAUGACGCCGCUUCUUCAAAAUGUAUUAUGAAGGAGAGGAAAGGGUCUGGAGAGACGUUCUUUAUGUGCUCCUGCAGCUCAGACGAGUGCAACGACCACAUCAUCUUCUCAGAAGAGUAUGCCACCAACAACCCCGACUUGCUGUUAGUCAUCUUCCAAGUGACAGGUGUCAGCCUCCUGCCACCACUAGGCAUCGCCAUCGCCGUCAUCAUCACCUUCUACUGCUACCGUGUCCACCGGCAGCAGAAGCUGAGCCCAUCCUGGGACUCAGGGAAGCCGCGGAAGCUGAUGGAGUUCAGUGAGCACCUGGCCAUCAUCCUGGAGGAUGACCGCUCCGACAUCAGCUCCACCUGUGCCAACAACAUCAACCACAACACGGAACUGCUGCCCAUCGAGCUGGACACCCUGGUGGGCAAAGGGCGCUUUGCCGAGGUCUAUAAGGCCAAGCUGAGGCAGAACACAUCUGAGCAGUUCGAGACCGUGGCUGUCAAGAUCUUCCCCUAUGAGGAGUAUGCCUCCUGGAAGACAGAGAAGGACAUCUUCUCGGACAUCAACCUCAAGCACGAGAACAUCCUGCAGUUCCUGACAGCUGAGGAACGCAAGACAGAGCUGGGCAAGCAGUACUGGCUGAUCACUGCCUUCCACGCCAAGGGCAACCUGCAGGAGUAUCUGACGCGCCACGUCAUCAGCUGGGAGGACCUCCGCAGGCUGGGCGGCUCGCUGGCCCGUGGCAUUGCACACCUGCACAGCGACCACACCCUGUGCGGCCGGCCCAAGAUGCCCAUCGUGCACAGGGACCUCAAGAGCUCCAACAUCCUGGUCAAAGGUGACCUCACCUGCUGCCUCUGUGACUUCGGCCUCUCCCUGCGGCUGGACCCCACUCUGUCAGUGGAUGACUUGGCCAACAGUGGGCAGGUGGGAACUGCAAGAUACAUGGCUCCUGAAGUCCUAGAGUCCAGGAUGAAUUUGGAGAAUGUUGAGUCCUUCAAGCAGACGGAUGUCUACUCCAUGGCUCUGGUGCUCUGGGAGAUGACGUCUCGCUGCAACGCGGUGGGAGAGGUGAAGGACUAUGAGCCACCCUUUGGUUCCAAGGUGCGGGAGCAUCCCUGUGUUGAAAGCAUGAAGGACAACGUGUUGAGAGACCGAGGACGGCCAGAAAUUCCUAGCUCCUGGCUCAACCACCAGGGCAUCCAGACAGUGUGUGAGACACUGGCCGAGUGCUGGGACCAUGACCCCGAGGCCCGGCUCACUGCGCAGUGCGUGGCAGAGCGCUUCAGCGAGCUGGAGCAUCUGGACAGACUCUCGGGGAGGAGCAGCUCGGAAGAGAAGAUUCCUGAACAUGGCUCCCUGAACACUACCAAAUAGCUCUGCCAGGCGGCCAGGCUGGGCUGAGUCCAUGGAGGCCGCCCCUGUGGCCAAAGAACAGAGGCAGCAGGAAGCUGCCCCUGAAGGAUGCUUCCUGGAACCCCAGGGGUCGUUCCCCUGCUGUGAGCAGGGUGGGUGGGAAGGGGUGACAGGAAGCAUCUUAAGCCUUUGACAUUGUCAUAGGAUAAGCUGUGUUAGCACUUCCUCAGGAAAUGAGAUUGAUCUUUACAAUAGCCAAUAACAUUUGCACUUUAUUAAUGCCUGUAUAUAAAUAUGGAAUAGCUAUGUUUUAUAUAUAAUCUAUAUAUAUCUAUAUCUAUCUAUACAGCCAUACUUUGGAAAGAGGUGAGGGGAAAAAGGUCACAGAUACCCAGGAAAUGGGUUUGAUGGGCAGGCUCAGCCCUGAACGCAGAAGGAAGGGCUCUGUGACCGCCUCAGCACUUGGCAAUCAUGUGUGUGCUGGUCCUUUGAGCACUGGGGAGGGAGGCUUUGUCUUUGGAGAGGGGCUUCAUGUCUCAGAGCCUGCUAUGGCCACGAUGCACUUGCUUUUGCAAAUUAAUAAUCCCCUGCGCUGGGUCCCUUUCUGGCCGCGGAGCUAAUUGGAGUUGCACUGUUUGGAGACCUGACCCUGGGGACCCUGUGUGCCAUCAUCUCUCCUGGACUUUUCACUCGAGCUUUGCCCCCACCUCUGGUUUAUGAACCACCUUCCUCAUUAGCUCAAUAACUUUGCCCGAUCUAACUGCUUAAACCUUGUAAACCCCAUCUUCUACCUUCAAAGCUGCAGGAAAAUCAGGACGCAUUUCCCCCAACUGUGAAAUUGCCACAUCUACUAAUGAGAAAUUGUUCCUUUAGAGAAAAAAAAAAUACUCUUCCUAUCCCUGUUAGUGUUCUCUUUCCUAAAAGGGAACAGAUCUGCCCUCUGGAUUCUUUAUUUUAGUUGUUCUUCCCUUGGUUUCAGUCUCCAGUUUUCUAUGCAAACACCAGUAUGUUCCAUCCUUCUGGGCUCUGGGGGGCUCAAAUGCAUUCUGGCCAAGUGGUAUUUGAGCAGCACAGCACUGCCACAGUUGGGAGUGUUUCCUCAGGCACUGUGAAUGUGUGUUUUGCUUGGCCAAGAUAGCAUUUAACAAAACCAAGCCACUUUUUAAAUAUUUGGAGAUUUUGCAACAACAACAACAACAAAAUCUGGAUCCCCAAGUAAGAGUAGAUAGCAGGGGGUUUCCAGUUCUCUCUGGCCCACAUCCUUCACAGAUGAAGGUGUGGACACCCUUAGAAAGCUGCUCUCUUCCCCCUGUGAACGUUUGCCCACCCCCACCCCAGUCUGAGAAUUAAACCUGCCCCCUAACCAAGGUCCCCUGUGAGAAGUGGACAUUCGUGCAGUCAUUCUCUGGCUAUGUAAAAGGACUUCAGUUCCCUUCCUGGGGUUAAGAUUUGAAGUUGGCUUUUGGGGGACCAGUGGAGACCUCCUUUGGGCAGUUCCCUUUAAACCAAUUCUCUCUUGCUUGUAUAUUAACAGCCUUCCUGUCUGCAUUUGGGAGGCAAGCCCUUUACUCCAAGAAGCUUUGGUCAUGGUUACUGGUUUCUCCAGCACACCUGCCCUUCCAAGCUUUGCCGAAUUUGAAUGAGGGACACAGGAGUCCCAUUUGCAAUUAGGAAUUCUGUGUCCAUAAGGACAAGAACAAAGACUGAGCUUUAAUACUCCAUAGGAAACUUGUUAAUCCACAAACAAGUGUUAAUGCUGCAAAUAACAGUAUCUUUUAAAGAAAUGUUUUAAAGCUUAUUAUCAGCCAAAUAGGAAUAUUGAAGCGUGACUGGCAGUGAUCAGAUCAGCUCUGCUUGGGUUUUGGAAGGUCUCAUCUCAUUGGGGUUUUAGCAGACAUGCUGAAACUUGGGAUUAGGUGGAACUUUUUGGAACGCUGCUUCGGUAGAGGUGGGCUGAGAGAACAGUUAAGACAGCUUGACCACAAUGUCAUGGAAGUGCCCAGAAAUGCUGUGCACUUUAGGGCUGUUGAUGCCAUCCCAAUAGCUAUUGCUCACUGACCUCUAGUGGUGAAUUUCCAGAAUACUAGUUUGUUAAUGGGAUCUUCCAAGAUUCAGAAGAGCUUAGCACUUCUGGGUCAUCAUCAGCAUAAACUGGAAUCUAGUGUCAAAUGAUACUGUGGCUUGCUUUAUGUUAUUUUUUUUUCCUUAUUCAAGAAAAAGACCAAGGAAUAACAUUCUGUACUUCCUAAAAAUACUGACUUUUUCACUACUAUACUUAAAGGGAAAGUUUUAUUCUUUUAUGAACACUUCAUACUCAUGUAUUAAAAUAGGAAUGUGAAUCCUAUAUACUCUUUUUAUAUCAAAUGUCUCAAGCACUUAUUUUCAUUCUAUGCAUUGUUUGUCUUUUAUAUAAAUAAAGCAAAAAUACUCAGGUCA